CCUUUUCCUGUGGUCGGCGGGGUCUUUCUCUGUCUUUGGGCGAAAGAGGAGGAGAAGCAGAAGGAGCGGCGCGUGAGGCGGCGGCGGCGCGUGAGGGGGAGAGACCUAGGGCGAGCCGUUUGGCCGUGGACAUCCGGUUUGCCCCCCACAUCCGGUUGUGCCUGCGCGCCUCAAGGAGAGCCAUGGCCGCCGGCGAAGGGGCCGAGGAAGAGGUGCGGGUGCUGCAGACGCUCCGCGGGAAGAUCUGUCAAGCCAAAAACUUAGUGCCAUACUCAGGACCAAACAAAAUGAGAGAUUGCUUUUGUACAAUUAAUUUGGAUCAAGAAGAGGUUUAUCGCACUCAGAUAGUGGAGAAAUCAUUAAGCCCUUUCUUUGGAGAAGAAUUUUACUUUGAAAUACCAAGAAUAUUCCAGUGCUUAUCAUUUUACCUUUAUGACAAAAAUGUUCUCCAGAGAGAUCUGCGUAUUGGUAAAGUGGCUAUCAAAAAAGAAGACUUAAGCUUAUACUCCGGCAAAGAGAACUGGUUUAUGCUUCAGCCUGUUGAUUCUAAUUCAGAAGUUCAGGGGAAAGUUCAUCUUGAAUUAAAACUGAAUGAACUAAUUACAGAUAAUGGAUCAGUAUGCCAGCAGCUAGUAGUACAAUUGAAGGAAUGUCAUGGUCUACCUCUUAUCAAUGGACAAAAUUGUGACCCAUAUGCUACCGUAUCUGUUGUGGGUCCCUCAAGGAAUGAUCAAAAGAAGACAAAAGUAAAGAAGAAAACAAGCAAUCCACAAUUUAAUGAAACAUUUUAUUUUGAGGUAACCAGGUCCAGUAGUUACACCAAAAAGUCACAGUUUCAGGUGGAAGAAGAAGAUAUUGAAAAGCUGGAAGUUAGAGUUGACUUAUGGAACAAUGGUAAUUUGGUGCAGGAUCUCUUCUUAGGAGAAAUUAGGAUUCCUGUCAAGGUAUUAGGAAGUGAUUCCUUCCAAGCAUGGUACCUUCUUCAGCCAAGGGAGAAUGGGAAUAAAUCUACUAAAAUUGAUGAUCAUGGAUCACUUAGACUAAAUAUAUGUUAUGCUGAAGAUCAUGUCCUUCCAUCAGAGUACUAUGUUUCUCUCAGAGACUUGCUGCUAAAGUCAUCAGAUGUGGAGCCCAUUUCUGCCUCUACUGCAUACAUUUUGGCUGAAGUGUGUCGUGAUAAAUUUGAUGCCAUUUUGCCUCUUGUGAGAGUGUUACUACAUCAUCAUACACUAGUACAGUUUGUCACUGCAGUGGCAGAAUUAGAAUUGAAGGAUACCCAAGAGGCAAAUACAAUCUUCCGAGGAAACUCCUUAACUACUCGAUGCCUCGAUGAGAUGAUGAAAAUAGUUGGAAAGCACUACUUGAAAGUUACUUUAAAACCAAUUCUAGAUGAGAUAUGUGAAAAUCCUAAACCUUGUGAAAUUGAUCCCCUGAAACUGAGAGAAGGAGAUAAUGUAGAAGUACACAAGGAAAACCUGCGCUGCUAUGUUGACAAAGUAUUCAAGACUGUUGUACAAUCAAGUAUAAGUUGCCCUACAUUGAUGUGUGAUGUGUUUUGUUCCCUAAGGCGCUUGGCUGCUGAAAGAUUCCCUAAUGACCCUCAUGUACAGUAUUCUGCAGUGAGCAGCUUUGUGUUUCUUCGUUUCUUUGCUGUAGCUGUAGUAUCGCCUCAUACUUUCCAUUUACGACCCCACCAUCCAGAUGCACAAACAUCAAGAACAUUAACACUUAUAUCAAAAGCCAUCCAGACACUGGGGAGCUGGGGAAGUUUGUCCAAAAGCAAGCUAUCAAGCUUCAAAGAGACAUUUAUGUGUGAAUUUUUCAAAAUGUUUCAGGAAGAGGAAUAUGUUGAAGCUGUCAAAAAGUUUUUAGAUGAAGUGUCAUCUAGUGAAAGUAAAGAGCCAAAUAUCAUGAGUGAGCCAGUACAUCUGAAAGAAGGGGAAAUGUAUAAAAGAGCACAAGGAAGAACUCGGAUCGGGAAAAAGAAUUUCAAGAAGCGUUGGUUCUGCCUUACAAGUAGAGAGUUGACUUAUCAUAAGCAGCAAGAUAAAGAAGCCAUUUAUGCCAUUCCAGUCAAAAACAUUCUUGCAGUGGAAAAACUUGAAGAGAGUGCUUUUAAUAAGAAAAAUAUGUUUCAAGUUAUACAUGUUGAAAAGCCACUCUAUGUGCAGGCAAAUAAUUGUGUGGAGGCUAGUGAGUGGAUUGAAGCUCUCUGUAGAGUGAGCAGGUGCAACCAAAAGAGACUGAAUGUUUAUCAUCCGUCUGCUUUUCUGAACGGGAACUGGCUUUGCUGUAAGGCCACAUCAGAGCAUUCUGUGGGUUGUACACCUUGUACAGCAGGUGUACCUGCUGAAAUUCAACUAGAAAUUGAUGGAGACCGAGAAACUGAGAGAAUCUACUCUCUUUUUGCUAUAAAUAUGACAAAGCUGCAAAAGAUGGAAGAGGCUUGUGGAAGUAUAGCAGUCUAUCAAGGGCCACGGAAGGAACCAGAUGACUACUCUAACUUCAAAAUUGAAGACUCCGUAGCAACGUUUCAAACUCUUCAACAAAUAAUAUCAGUUGUAGAAGAAUUGAAUGAACAUCAUGACAGAUAUCGGAAGAAAAGAUCAUGUAAUGCUAAAUAUGGUAGCGAAGAAAAUCCGAUUGUGGGGAAAAUUUCCUAAUCUGCAACAGAGAUGGACUUUGAAGGAACUGAAGCAGUUUUGUUUGGUUCUGUGCUGAUUCAGAAUAUUCAAAAAUGUGCCCUACAUGGAAAUUAAUUCUAUUUAAUAUUUAAAAGGAGAAAAGACCUGCUGGGGAAUCUGAUUUUUAAUUUUUUAAAACUUUAUUUUAUUAUUUUGUGGAACUGGAAGAAUCAUGUCUAUAUUGGUUAGAGAACUUUGAAAGUUCCAGAAGAUGCAAGAGAGCAAAGCUUCUAGAACCGGAAGGUACAUCAAGGAAUAAGCUUUCCAAGGGAGGAAUAUAUCUACCGCUGCAGAAGGGAUUUUUUUGUCUGCCAAGAUAAUCAUUAUUUUUGUAUAUCAAUCAUCAGUACUUGUUUUGUGGACAGUGAUUUUUGGCAAAAGAAAUCUCAACAGGUGGCAUAGAGAUUUGAAGCUUUACAUUCAUUGCACAGCCACUUUUAUUGUUCUUUUUUAAUAUACAAUAGAUUGUUGUUUUUUUAAGAAAAGUGGAGGUACUUGUUAAAUGUGCAUUGUCAAUUAGUGAUAACAUUAUUUAAGUGAUGUUACUGAAGCAGGACAAAUCAGGGAGACUAUUCAUCUUGUUUACAGUUGGAGCGAGUAGUGAAAGGAGUGACAUGGGACCACUGCCUGUUAUUUGUCUUCUUAAACAACCUAUUUUUAAUAAUGUCCUUUACCAUUAUUAAAUGGCUGUUUCAGAAGUACAAAUAUUUCAUGCAGUUAGGGAAAUAUUCAGUUUAUACCUACCAACAACAAAAAAUACAAACAAAUAGGAAUUAUACACUGGAUGUCAUAUCCAAUUAUAACAAGUUUUUAAUUAUCACUCCAAGCACUUUAGAUAUCUGGAUAGUCCCAGAUUAUAAUUCUAGAUACUUUGUAGUAUCUAAACAUUAUGAUCAGUUGAAUGAUCACUAUUGUGGCUUAAGACAAUGCUUUUGUGAACAUUUUUAUAUCUAGUUUUUUACUUGCCAGAUGAUGUUUUGGAGCUAGCCUUGCCUUUAGAAACUCUUUAUCUUGCCUUUUUGACAUUUUUCUAAUGAUGAUGGAUUCAUAACUGUCUGUAUGUAAUGAAAGGAAACAAUUUAUCACUUGGGAGAAGAAAGGGAUAAGCUUCGUUUGAUCAGUAUUAUUGGAUGUGGUACUAAAAAAAAACCUCAUCUUGGGAGCAGUUUGGCGAGCACUAUAAAAAUUGAUAUAUUUCAUCAUUCCUGUUUAGUUUUUAAGAAUUCUGUUUUUAUUAUUUGCCACAAUUGUAGAUAAAUUGAUUAAUUCUUCAGUAGAAAUUUGAAAUGAAAUUUGGAAGAUACUAUCUGCUUGAAUUACUACUUUAACUGCUAAUAGUAUGGCAUUGGCUAAGAAAAAGCAAGAAACUCUUAUCAUGUUUUCUGUACAACCAUAAAAAGAAAUGCACCAAGCUACUAACCAUGCCUUAACUUUAAAUGCUUUUGAUACUUCCAUGAGUUUUGAAUUUGGGUUGCUACAAGACAUGCUGAAAGAGGAGAUUUUGGCCAAGGAGCACAUUCCUUUGGAUGUAUGGCCUUAGCUGCAGUUUUGUGAUUCAUUGGUUUUGAGCAGUGUUGUGAAUGGCACAGGUUGUAUAAUAACAUUUGAGAUAUAAACAAGUUGAAGAAACUGCAACGGGAUUAUAAUUCAUAAACCCUAUUACUUUUAUCCGACUUUAUUUCAAAAAAUUUAAAAAUACGCUUAAUACCGGCACAUUCUGUACUCAGUCCCCUAAAUUCCCUUAAUGUGUUCAUAAAUAGUAGUGGAAGCUGAGCCAGCCUGAGAACUGCCCUAAUAAAUUGCUUUCCAUUUAUAGAGAGAAGGGAAGGGAAGGGCACAGAAAUACAGUCCCUGAUCUUCCCUGGCUAGUGUGAGCUGCAGGGCUAAAUAUAUCAUUUAAAAUGGUACUUGUCGAUUUCUUAUGUUGUAUUAGGGGAAUCUUGCAUUUCAGUAACAAAGAUUUUAAAAAUGGUUCCCAAAUGUUUGCAUUACAUUCUGUAAUUCAGAGUCUGCACCAUCUUCAUGAAGUAGCAAAUUGUUGCCUUGUUUGUGACAUAAUGCCGAACGCUAUUUGCACAUGAAUGGAAAAUGCCAUAUUUUCUGUUUUGCAUCAUCAUUUUUAUAGCCUUGCUCUCAUUAUUAUUAUUAUACUCAUUAAUUGCAUAUAAAUUAAACUAUAAAAUCUGAAGUAGUGAAAUGUCUCUACAUGUGGAGGCUAACAAUCCAAUUUGAAAUCAUGGAAGAUUGAGAUCCUAAAACAUGUAGGGAACAUCCUCGGAAAGACAAGGUUCCCUAGUUCAGCUGAAUUUCUGCCAGUGUGUCUAUAAAGGUGGACAGUUACAGCUGAAGACACACUCAGCUCCUUAGUACUUACUUGCUUCUCCUCCUCACAAAGGUCCCUGCUAAAUAAUUUCAUAACUGUUAUAAGACUAGUGAAAAUAUACUUAGGUAGCCAUGCAUUGUGAUAUACAUGUUGAGAUGUGCUAGACCUUGUGGAAAAAAUGAAGGAGUGUAAUUUUUGGGCUUCUGAUUGCAUUAUAUUGGGGAUAACUUGUGGAGAUACUUCAUUCAUUGGAGUUACAAAUAAUUGCAUCCCCUUGACAAAUUCAUCUGUAUCUGUUUAGAAGCAUGUUUUUGUUUUGUUUUUUGCAUGCCAUCCCUCCCUCUUGUGUGUGGAAGACGUUAUUUUGGUUACAAACAUACCUUAAAGAAUUCAUUUCACUGUUUACUUGAUGUACGUGGGUAUCAUCUAAGAUUUUCAGUAUACAAGUACUCAACACUGUUGAUACCUUAAAUUAUGAUUUGCUUUGCAUAAUUAUUGCAUCUUUCUUUCUGUUUUAGCAUUUGACGAAGUGGGCUUUCCCCAUAAUACAUUAAUACUACAGAAAUAUGUUCCUUUUUAAAAUGCUGCAGGAUAUUUUCUGUAUACAUUGUAGCUGUACAAGUAACAAUAUGUCACACUUAUUGAGGGACAAAAUUUUUCAGAUAAUAGUGCUUAGAAGUUAUAGAUUUAUAUUAGAUUGUGUAACACUGAGAAAACGGGGAUCAUUUCUUAAUCAGUUCAGUCACUGCAUCACCGUCAUGAAGUAAUACAUUCCUACCCUAUUCAUUAAAUGAUGGUGUUUAGAACUCUCCACAACUUCAUGUCUAGAAAUGAGUUUAUUGUAGUGUUUGAAAGUCCUUUUCACCCUCUCAUUGACCAUAUAUGAAUUGCAGCAUUCCUUACACUGUUUGCAUAGUGAGGUUUGGAUCCAUCUCCAAUUCAUUCAUCCUCUACCUGCAUACUAUCCCAUUGGUGUUUUACAAGAUCUCUACACAAGAGGGGCACAUUGACUUUCUGUUGUGAGUGGGCACUGUGUGUGACAUCCAGGAGAAGCAGUAUACUGAGCUGGGAGAAAGGGGUCGUAAGAACCAUAUUCAUUCUGAGGUAUACAGUAACCUUAAAUUCCUUAUUUAGCUUAUGAAAUAUCAGUGUUCUGCAAAUAUUAAAUAGAUUUUUUGACAAAUAAAUGUUUCAGAAUAUUAAAUAAUUCCCUUAGUAAACCAUGUUUACUAAGGGAAUUUUUAAUCCAAGUUAAUGGAAUUUUUAAUCCAUCAAAUUUGACCAUCCUUGAAAACUAUUAUUGUGAAAAAUAAUGCACUUUGAGAAGUUAAGGUACCGUAUUGUGUAGAUUGAUAGCUAGGAGCAAGAGGGGAAGUUCAAAUUCCAUCACUUCAGUAUCAGUACUGUUUGGUUCAUUGCCAUGUGCCAGGCAUAUUUCUAGCUUUACCUGUUCAGUUGUUUUUGGAAAUAAUACAGUUCAAGUGGAUUAGUAUGCAUAAUAGUAUGCCUUCGAUAAUACAGUUUGUCCAAUGUUUGAAAGAGGUUUUAUACUGAUUGGUUUUGAAAUAAAGUUUGCUUGACAAUUAGCUUUGUACAAUUAGCCCCAUGUAAGCCACCCCGAGUCCCUUUGGGGAGAUGGGGCGGGGUAUAAGAAUAAAGUUGUUAUUAUUAUUAUUAUCAUCAUCAUUAUUAUUGCUUUGGUUGACCUAAUGCAUUUUACAAUGUAUUUUUUAUUUGCUAGGUUGAUACAUUGAAUGUAUUUUAUUUAAAGUUUAUUUUAUUAAAAGAAGUAUUAAAGUUCA